AUGGUCCCGGCAAGUGUCGUGCGGAAGAAGAAGAAGCAACUUGUGACUUCCGAAGGCGUCGUUACACUUGAACCUCCUGCUGGUCUUCGAACUGAAAUGACUUGUGUCGAUGGUCAAUGGAAGGCGACCAUCAAUGGUGUUGAGACCACCGUACAAGAGCAGGCUUGCUAUGACUUUGCAUGCACCUCUUGUAAUGACGUACGCGCCGGAUCUGGAGUCACCACCACGUUAGCCUAUGAUGCAACAAGCUGGUGCAAACAAUACACCCUCAGUGGCUGUCCCAAUGGAUACAGAGUUGGUAGCACAACUAUCGGUACAACCCUAACUUGCACACAGUUGCUGAGAUGGUCGAGUGGAAGUUAUAACAGCCCAAUUGGUAGAGCUGUGACUGUGGACUGCGUCUAA